AUGAUGUUCCUCAACUCAUUUGUUCUAUUCGUUGCUGCAUGCAUGAAGACGAUUCCUGCUGAAGCUGUUGGUAUUGCUGGCCAACUUGAUAACGCUCCUCUGCGAAGAAUGCCAGUUCUCAAUACUCAAAAUGAUUAUUCUGCUCAUAUUCAACAAUUUCGACAAGCAAAAACCUUUCCCUCUCCAUCACCCACUGAACCUAUUCCUUCUGCCUCUUCAGUGGCCCCAGCUUCUUCAGACAGCGACGAUUUCUCAGUUUCUGAUAAAUCAAUUGAAACUUUGAGAACCUCCAAUAGAGAGUCUUUGAAGAAGAAGAAUGCAAGGACAUUUGCUGUUAAAACAGACACGAGAAGUGAAAAUUCGGGAAAUCAGCAGGAGGUUAAUCAUCCAGAACCGGCCGUAUCUCAUCGAGAUGAUAACAACAAUGUACACGAUGACCGUGAUUUGUUCGAAGCACUUCAAGUUGAAAAGCCAGACAUUUGCGGCUCUUGUCCACCAAUUUGGAUGAAGAACACAGCCGAAAUGAAAGAAAUUUGUUCAAAUCAUGAAUCUGUUUCCUCAUUUUUCUCGAUGACACUUGACAAGAGAGAUGCUCAAAAUGUCGUUGAUACCAGUGACUUGAAAGAAUGUACAAGAACAAUCACUUGCACAGAACCACAUAUGCUUGUCAAAUGGCACGAAUCGGAGCUAUGUGAUGUACAUGCUCCAUAUACAGGAUCUCUCGUGACUGAUACAUCCAAUACAUUCAUUUACAAAUGCAAUGGAACUCAAUGGACAUUACACGGAUUCCCACUUUCAAGUGUUGUCUGUGCAGUCAGUUCUAAUUGA